UGCGGCGUGCGAGUGCGGGCGGGCGGCGCGAGGCGCGCGGCGGGCGGCGGUGAUGGUGAGCGUGUGAGCGCGCAUGAAGAAGUUCGUGCGGACGCGCGGCGCGGAGCCGCACCGCCUGCUCAACGGACACGCGUCCGCUCACAAUGGUACCAGCGGUGUGGGGGUGGCGGGCAGCGCCCGCGGUCACGGCGACCACCUCUCCACUCUCUCCAGGUACUGGAGCGAGUCGGAGGGCUCCGGCGGCAGCAGGCCUCCGCCGCCGCAGCUGUGGGAGGACGCGCAGUUCCCGGCCACGUGGCGCGCGCUCGGAGACAAGCGCUACGCUGCCGGCGUGCGCUGGAUGCGACCACACGAGCUGUGUGCGAGGCCCUCGUUCCUCGGAGACGAGACAGUGGAGCGGCGCGACGCAGGCGACGCAGGCGACGACGCAGACUCUACGUCGUCCGACGAAUACUACGCAGCCCGGUGGGAGGUGGGGGAGGCGGGCGAGGUGUCGGACGCGCACGUGUGCGGCGCAGUGGCCGCGCUGGCGCUCACCCCGCGGCUGCUGUCGCCCGUGUGCUGGGUGGCGCGCGUCGCGCCGACGCGCACGUGUGCGGCGCUUCCGCGCACACUGCUGUCGCCCGUGUGCUGGGUGGCGUGUUCAGGUAUAGAGUGUGUGGUGACACACACACAGCACGCGCACGUGUCGCUCUCCUGUCGCCCGUGUGCUGGGUGGCGUGUGUAUAGAGUGUAUAGAGAUCAAGUGUGUGGUGAGAAGGUGGGGGAGGCGGGCGUGUCGGACGCGCACGUGUGGGAGGUGGGGGAGGCGGGCGAGGUGUCGGACGCGCACGUGUGCGGCGCAGUGGCCGCGCUGGCGCUCACCCCGCGGCUGCUGUCGCCCGUGUGGGGGAGGCGGGCGAGGUGUCGGACGCGCACGUGUGCGGCGCAGUGGCGCGCUGGCGCUCACCCGCGGCUGCUGUCGCCUAGAGUGUGUGGUGACCGCAGGUGGGAGGUGGGGGAGGCGGGCGAGGUGUCGGACGCGCACGUGUGCGGCGCAGUGGCCGCGCUGGCGCUCACCCCGCGGCUGCUGUCGCCCGUGUGCUGGGUGGCGUGGGAGGUGGGGGAGGCGGGCGAGGUGUCGGACGCGCACGUGUGCGGCGCACGCGGCGCUCACCCCGCGCUUGUCGCCCGUGUGCUGGGUGGCGUGUGUAUAGAGUGUAUAGAGUGUAUAUUGGGGGAGGCGGGCGAGGUGUCGGACGCGCACGUGUGCGGCGCAGUGGCCGCGCUGGCGCUCACCCCGCGGCUACUGGCGCGCGUCGCGCCGCCGCACUCCUUCCGCGCACACUACUGCGGCGCCUUCAGUUUCAGAUUUUGGAUAUUCGACACAUGGCGCGAGGUGACCGUGGACGACCGGCUGCCGACGCGCGGCGGUCGCCUCCUGGGCAGCCGCGCCGCGCUCGCGGACGACUUCACGCUGCCGCUGCUGGAGAAGGCGUACGCCAAGCUGUACGGGUCGUACCGCGCGCUGCGCGAGGGCAGCUCGGCGCGCGCGCUGCAGGACCUGACGGGCGGCAUCGUGCAGAGCUUCUGCCUGCGACGGCAGCCGCGCGCGCUGACGCUGCAGGUGCUGCACUCGGCGGUGCCGCGCUCCACGCUGGUGGUGGCGGCGCCGGGCGCGGCCUGCGUGACCGGGCUGGCGCGCGCGCGCGGCGCCGGCCCGCUGGUGCGGCUGCGCGCCCCCGCCCCCCGCCGCCCGCCCGCCCUGCCCGCAGCCGACCGCGAGCUGCUGCAGCGCGCCGACCACCCCGCCGACUUCUGGAUGUCGUUCGCGGACUUCGCGCGGGAGUUCAGCCGGCUGGAGCUGGUGCACGUGGGGCCCGACGACUGGACCGGCGAGCCCGCGCUGCACGCCCGCCGCCCCUGGCGCGCCGUGCUCGCCCGCCGCCGCUGGCGCGCCGGGUACAACGCCGGCGGCCCGCCCUCCUGCCGCGACACGACGGGCACCAACCCGCGGUUCCACGUGCAGAUCCCGCGCGCGGAGGCGGGCGGCGCGCGCAAGUGCCACGUGGUGGUGUCGGUGACGCAGCAGUACGCGCCGGCCGCGCGCCGCCUGCACGCCGUCGGGUUCGCGGUGUACGAGCUGCCGGCCGCCGCCGCGCCGCGCCCCGGCUCCCCGCUCGGCCUGCGCGCGCUGGACGUGACGCACGAGAGCCGCGCGCGCGAGGUGGUCACGUUCUUCACGCUGCCGCCGGGACAGUACCUGGUGGUGCCGCACACGCGCCGCCCCCACACUGACGCCGCCUUCCUGCUGCGCAUCCUCACCGACCAGCACACAGACGUCUGGGAAGUAAAUGAGGACAACAUGAUCAUCAGAGACAUAUCGUCAGAGUUUUUGGAAGACGAGCACACUAUACCGGCGGAGAUACGGGCGGCCGUCACUAAAUUUAUCGGGAAGCGGGGCAUCGAGGAGGUGGACGCGGCGCGGCUGCGGGCGGCGGCGCGGGCGGCGGGCGGGUGGCGGCCGUCGCUGGAGGCGUGCCGCGCGCUGGUGGCGCUGCGCGACGCGGCGGUGAGCGGGCGCGUGGCGGCGGCCGAGCUGCCCGCGCUGCUGGCGCUGGUGGCGGGCUGGCGGCUCGCGUUCCUGCAGGUGGCGGGCGGCGGGCCGUGCGGCCGCGCCUGCUCCUCGUACCGGCUGCGCGCGCUGCUGUACGCGGCCGGCCUCACCGCCUCCAACAAGGUGCUCGAGUGCCUCGUGCUGCGGUACGCGCGCCGCUCGCGCCUCUCCGCCGACGCCUGCGUGCUCGCGCUCGCCCGCCUCCACCUCGCGCACGAACGAUAUCGGAGUCUCGACACUAAGCUGAAGUCGAAUCCUCUCUCCUUAGAAGAGAUGAUUUUGAUGACAAUCUAUUCGUGAGACGACGGUGCCUGUCGAGGAGCGGCAGGGCGCGGUCGAGUUGUUACUAGUUACAAGACGAUCACUGUUUUGUUAAUACUUUGUUAUCGUUGAUACCCAUUCGUUGUGUUUUUACAUUUUAAUAUAGUUGUUAAGUACAUAGAUAAUGUCACACGUUAGUUGUCUCGUGAGCCCGGCGGUGGUGCGCCGCGGUACUGACGUCCUCGCGUGCGUCCACAGGCCACGUCUGCUGCCUCCUGUACGCAGUACG